GUAAAGAGUAUAAAACAUUCACGCACGAUAUCUGCUAUUCAGUCGCCAACUGGAGUUGCUGCGGUGCAGAGUUUUGUGGCAGUAUUGGAUUAUAAAUAUCGCAGAAAGUGAAACGAUAAACUAUGAAGCACUGGCAUUCAAUGCUUAUGAUAAUGUGCCUGUUAUGGCACUCAGCCCAAGCACAUCCACCAAACGGUGCUCGUGCCGCGGUAACCUCGAACGCAGCCGAAUGUGCCGAAAUCGGAAUGAGCAUGCUUGAUCAAGGUGGUUCCGUAGCUGAUGCGGCUAUCGCUACGCUGUUAUGUGAAGGCGUUUCAAUUCCCCAGAGUAUGGGUAUCGGCGGUGGAUUCGUACUGACCAUCUAUAACAAAGCGUCGGGCAUCGUAGAGUCCUUGGACUCGCGGGAGGUCGCUCCGGCUGCAGCCACUAAAAAUAUGUACGUCGGAAAUGGCAAAGCCGCCAUUGAAGGUGGUCUAUCGAUUGCCGUUCCUGGGGAACUCAAGGGCUACUGGGAGUUGCAUCAAAAGUAUGGCAAACUGCCAUGGAAAAAGUUAGUUGAACCGACGAUCACUUUGUGUACCAAGGGGUCUCUGGUGACAGAUUAUUUGGAGAAAAUUUUAUCCUCCAAGAAGUCGUCACUUUUAUCGGAUCGAGCGCUAGCAAACAUAUUCAUUAACCCAAACACCAACGAUACUUGGAAGGCGGGAGAUCGUAUUAAGCGACCAGCAUUGGCAGAAUCUUUGAAAGUGAUUGCAGUGGAAGGGGCAGGUGCUUUGUAUAGUAAAAAUAGAUCACUUUUACCCAAAUUAAUGCAAGAUUUGAAGAAAGCUGGUAGCAUCCUAACGGAAAGUGAUUUUUAUAAUUACAGACCUGAGUGGGUAAAGCCGGCACGAGCCACGCUACGGAACAGCUUCAAUUUACAUUCUAUGCCACUUCCAGGCAGUGGUCCUAUUCUUAGCUAUAUGUUAUCGAUUCUGGACGGCUACAAAGAUCUUUCAAUCGAUGAUGAUGUCACCUGGCAUCGAAUUGUUGAGAGCUUUAAACAUGGAUACGGCUUACGAACAAAAGUAGGAGAUCCUCGCUUCGUUAACUCGGUGAACAACGUGCUGCAAAAAAUGACCAAUAAAAAUUACAUCGCCUACAUUCGGGACAUGAUAGUGAGCAACAUGACGUUCGAUAGUUAUGACUAUUAUGGAGCAGAUUUUGCUGGCUUGCAGGAUCAAGGAACCGCGCACGUAUCGGUGUUGGCAGCCAAUGGAGAUGCAGUAUCGGUAACAAGCACGAUUAAUUAUCUGUUUGGUUCAUUAAUAAUUUCACCUUCGACCGGUAUCAUUCUCAACGAUGAGAUGGACGAUUUUUCAACACCGGGUGUAGUGAACGCCUAUGGGUUAUCGCCUUCUCCGGCUAAUUUUAUCGUACCAGGCAAACGGCCUCUUUCCUCCAUGUCUCCGACGAUCAUAACUGAUCGUCAGGGUGAUGUCAGGAUGGUAAUCGGUGGUGCAGGAGGAUCAAGGAUUACGACCGCCACGGCAUUGGUUAUAGUUAGACACCUGUAUUUUAAACAAAGUCUUUGUGAUGCAAUCAAUGCACCACGAAUCCAUCAUCAAUUAGCACCCAUGCAGGUGGAACAUGAGAAGGGGUUUGAUGCAACGGUGUUAAAAGAGCUAGCUGCUAGAGGUCAUAAGGUUCAGGAAUCGAAAACCGAUUUUGGAUUUGCUGCCUUAACAGCAAUAGCAAGGGAGGGAUAUUCUGUUUCAGCUGCCUUCGACAGAAGGCGGAGUGGCAGUGUGUCAGUCCGUCCAAGAAAGACUGGAUUAGGUAAUUGUAUCUAAGUUUUAAGGAAUAAGAGUAAUGAGAAAAUGAAAAUGAAAUAAUUUGAACAGUUUGAGCACAAACCAUUUUAAACGCGUAUUGUUGUAAUUAAUGUAAUCGGCUGUUUCCUCAAAGCUUAAACAACUACCUUAUUACACUCUAUGAUAGAAGCCAGCACGCACCAAGGCCCUAGCAUUCAAGACACGUUUCCCCUAUUCGACUGAAAACGAUUACUUAACAGGCACUAAUGACGCCAACUAUUUAGCUUGCACUAGCUCACUUGUUGUUGUAAUUAAAAUCACGGUCAAAUUAAUUUGCGCUCAUAUUUUAUUGCAUUAAUCUCCCGAGAAAUGGGAAUCCGUCGAAAGGGUAUACAGCGAAUUGUUACACUCUCCAAAUUUGUUGCCUUGAAUGGAAGGACGAGAAAAUGGGUAGAAGAAUUUUCAGUCCAACUCUACGCUGUACAAUGAGAAGCGAUUCAACCAGGAGGUUUGAUGUAAUUUAUUUUAUGACAACACAUGCGGCAUGCAAUUCAUCAAACUCAACUAGAUCAUAAAUUUUAAAAGCCCAAUCUCUCUGCUCUUUCUAUCAUUGAAACGAUAGGAUAAAAGAGAAAUGGUUACCACGGGCGCAUUAGCCCUACCUUCGUUGACUGAUUACAAAGAAUGACAGUUUAGUCUGCGAAAUGGAAAGCACCGUUGCUAUGACCAGUUGAAAUGACUCUCAAUUGGUCGUGAUGUUGAAACGUGUCCGUGAAUUAUGAUUACAGCUGCUAGUGUGGAGUUGUUUUUUGCAGGUUUUAAAGUGCAUCCCACUGCAAUGGCAUGUAGUCGUUUAAUUUAAGAAGGGUAAGUGAUGGAAUUAAUUUAAGCUAUAAAUUUAUUUCACUUUCAAAAAGAAACCCCGUGAUGUGAUGUUUGGUAUUGGAGUGUAGGGAAUAAUGAACAAUGUGGCGUGACGCCGUCACAACGCGGCUUGUAAUAAUAGAUCACAUUCAUGAUUGUGCAUUUUUUCCAAUACCCAUUCAAACUCUUUUUUUAAAUAGUCGAAAUCGUAUGAAAAAUCCAAAAUUAAGUUUCGGAAAAUGGUUCAGAGGUAAAACUAUUUUAUGACAUGAUGGCUAGAAAAAUAUUUUAUGACAUAUCAUGCUUCAAAAUCAUACAAAUUUGAAACGCAUGGUUGAAAACUAAUUAUGCGUGGUGUAAA